GAUCGAGUGUAUAAUAUACGUAUGUUACUGUAAAACCUCCUAUUCUCAUUGAUACAAGUCAAGGGCUUUUGACCUGCUAUAGGUACAAAUAAAGUGUUGAGAUGCUAUUAGGUGCGCAAUGUCUCAUAUCAACCAUGCAGUCAAUAAGUUUGAUAGUGCUUGUGAUUAGUGGCGUUCUGUCGGAUAUGAGAAAUCAAAAGAACAACGUGUGCCCAACGUUUGAGGACUAUUUUACAAUUGAAAAUAACCCCCGGUGUUGGUUUGACAUUGCCGCAGCCUCAGAUGUGGUCACAAUUAUUCAAAGUAGAGGUUACCCUGUCGAAGUUCAUAAGGUGAUAACGGAGGACGGAUAUAUUUUAACAAUGCAUCGCAUCCCUAACACUCGCCACCCCAGGCGAAAACGGUACCCAAUAUUUUUACAGCAUGGUCUCAUAGCCACAUCUGCAAAUUUCGCAACUCAAUCAAGAAAUGUUUCAAUGGCUUUUAUCCUUUCGGACGCUGGUUAUGACAUUUGGAUGGGGAAUUACAGAGGAACCACUUAUUCACAGGAACAUGUUCGCCUGACAGUACGUGAUAAUGAAUAUUGGAAUCACAGUUUAGAUCAUUUAGGAUUAAUGGACAUACCUGCGAUGCUAAAUAAAAUAGCGGAAGUUACUGGAAAAAAGGGAGAAACAAUAGUAAUAGGUCAUUCAUUGGGGACAACCAUAUCCAUGAUAUACGCUUCAGCUAGGCCAGAAGAAGCAAGGCGCAACAUAAAGUUUAUGGUACUUCUAGCACCUGCUGCAACUUUAACAAAUAUGAUUUCUCCGUUCCGAAUUUUGGCCCCGUUGUCAGAAGCAAUAUUGGACGUCGUUGUAUCCAAUGACUUGAUACGAGUAGUAUCAUCCCCAAAUAUAAGCAAUCUUUACUCGAGGACACUGUGUUUAGAUUCUCCAAUUGUCCUGAAGAGAUGCGAACAGAUUUUCAAUAUAUUCUAUGGUCCCUAUAGUCAAAUGGGCGCAGAACUAUUACCCGUUUUCUUCUGGCAUUUACCAGCAGGAACUAGUGUAAAAGUAAUAAGACAUGCGGCUGAUUUGGUAUUGGGAAAAUUUCAUAUGUACGACAACGGUGCCAAGAUCAAUGAAAGGAUAUAUGGGUCCAAAUCGCCACCUGUUUACAAUACCAAAAAUAUAAGAGUUCCUACCCUAAUUAUGUAUGCCGUUAAUGAUUGGGCAUGUGGUAAAAAAGAUGCACUUGUAUUAGCGAGCCACAUGUCUCCCGAAGUCUUACCAUUUGGAAUCGCUGAAAUUGAUAUUAAAGAUUUUAAUCAUAUGGAUUUCCUAUACGGAUCGGGUGUGAAAAAAAUUGUAACUGAUAGACUGAUGAGACUGUUUGAUACACUACACAAGUUACCGAUAAAACGUACCCAAAAUGUACCUAUCCUGUAAAUACAAAUUAUCUAAUAAUUGUUAUAAUGAUUGUUAAAAAUAAAAAAUAUUUAAUUAA